AAGCUUAAGAUGUAUGCCAGGCAUAAGUCUAAGGACCAUUACUUAAUCAAACAAUAUUUUCUUUAAAGGCAAACAAUAUGUACCGGACCCACGAUUAAAAGUCAGAGUCAAAGUCACCUCCAGUUCCAACACCAUUUCUGGUUCGAUUGUUCAACUCACCGAAGACCAGUUCCAUCAGGACAAAAAGUAAAAUAAGGUUGGUAGGAUUACCAAGAAUGUUAUUUAUUGCUCUUCUUUUGAUCUGCCUUGGAAGCCAUGUAGAAUCAGAUGCCUCGAAUCAUCGCUUCAAUAAAGGAGAUAUAGUCCCCUUCUACGCCGACACAGUCCGCCCACUCUCUAACUCCAGGGAAACACAUGCUUAUUAUGAUCUUCCCUAUUGUUCUCCAGAUACUGUGAAAGAGGAGAAACUUAAUCUAGGUGAAAUGAUGAAUGGAGAUCGCCUUGUUACAACUCCAUACACGUUUGAAUUCCUCGUGGAUAAAGAUUAUGAAUUAUUAUGCAACAAGACACUCAGCAAAACAGAUGUUUCUAAGUUUAUAAAUGCAAUCGAGAAGGAUUAUUAUAUGCAAUUGUAUUUCGAUGACUUGCCAAUUUGGGAUUUAAUUGGAAGCGUGCAAAACGACUAUACAAAUGAAGGGAUCAAGAGUAUAUAUGUCCUUAACACACAUUUUGAAUUUCAAGUUUUCUACAAUAAGGAUCGUGUUAUAGAGGUCACUCUUCUGACAGCUGGUAAUUCAUUAUACAUAUCAGAGGACAAAGAAGUUGAUGUCGGUUUCACAUAUUCUGUUAGGUGGAUAAUGGAAAUAGAACCUUUUGAUAAGAGAAUGGAUCGAUACAUUGCUGAUAAAAGUUUACGACAUAACUUGUCUGUGAACUCUGUUGCAUUCUCUUUUGUUACACUCUUCAUCCUGGUUAUUCUUCUACGGACAUUUUAUGUGCAAGUCCUUCACAAAGACAUUUACAAGUACUCACAUGAUGUGGAAGAGACUCAAGUGGCGGAGAAUCAUGAAGAGAUGGGAUGGAAGAACAUCCAUGGCGAUGUAUUUAGAUUCCCAAAACACAAGUCUUUAUUUGCUGCAGCUCUUGGCUCCGGCACUCACUUGCUUGUACUCAUUGUAUCGAUUCUUGUUCUAGGCCUCCUCGGUUUCUUUCCACCCUAUGCUCGAGGAGUAUUCUGGAAUGCACUUGUCAUUGCAUAUGUUGUUACAUCUAUAGUCUCGGGAUAUACAUCAGGCUCUUUCUAUUCUCAACUUGAAGGAACCAACUGGAUGAAGAACCUAUUUUUGGCAGGAGGGUUAUUUUUUGUCCCGCUUUUUCUUACAUUUGGUUUCCUAAACAGUGUUGCUAAUUUUUACGGAACAACUGCUGCAUUGCCAUUAAGAGGAAUAGUCAUAUUAACUGUUUUGUGCGUAUUUUUAGCAUCACCAUUGCUUCUUUUAGGAGGGAUUAUUGGGAAAAACCGAGCAUCUGAUUUCCAUGCUCCAUGUAAAACUGCCAAGUGUCCUAAAGAGGUUCCUCAGCUACGUUGGUACCGGGGUGUUCUUCCUCAGAUGGCUUUAGCCGGGAUUUUGCCAUUCAGUGUUAUAUACGUUCAACUUUACUACAUAUUUGCAACUGUCUGGGGGCAUCCCGUCUACACACUUUACGGUAUUCUGUGUGUAGUCUUCAUUCUUCUUUUGAUCAUGACUGCUUUAGUGUCAGUGGCACUGACAUACUUCCAGUUGGCUGUUGAAGAUCACGAAUGGUGGUGGAGAUCGUUUUUCUGCGGUGGGUCAACAGGAUUGUUUACAUACGGUUAUUGCAUCUAUUAUUAUAUCUGGAGAUCAGAAAUGAAGGGUUUCAUGCAAACCUCAUUUUUCUUUGGGUAUAUGGGUUGUGUCUGCUACGGCAUAUUUCUAGUACUUGGAAGUGUGGGUUUCCAUGCCUCGUUGCUCUUUGUUCGUUACCUCUACGCUGCUAUAAAAUGUGACUAGCAGAUUUGUUAUGAUAUACGGUUUCUUUUGCUAUCUUUGGGUCAUUGUAACAUCAGGCCAGCCGGGUCUGUUAACGAUCACAACAAGAUCAAGAUCGUCGGAAGGAAGAAACAUGGAAGCUCUUGACAACGUGAUUUGGUUUAUACAUUUACACACCCAUAAAUGUGUAUCUUUUUCUUUUCACACACUUCUUGAAAGCACAAAUACACUUAUAAUGUAUACAUUUAUUAAGAACACAUAAUUAAUAAUUUCUAUAUUAUUAAAAACACAAAACUAAA